AUAUUGUGCCAAGUUGGAGGGAGGUGUGGAUGAUGGCAGUGGGGUUGGAACCUCCAGUAACAUAUUUCUCUUCCCUGAUAUCGUCCAUCUUUAUAUAUCUCCUAGUAUUACUUUUCUGUUACAUCUUCUACCAGAUGUCCAGAUUAUUUUUACCCUGGUGUAUACAGGAAUAUGUCCUAGAUUACUUCAAAACAUUAGCCUUCUGUACAUACUGUUUUGGACACGGUGUUCUAAGGGAUGCCCAUGGUCAUCUCGGGUACGUCCUCUGUGUCGUCCCACUGAAUACUGUUAGUAUCUUGAUUUUUCACGUUGGGGAUGGAACACCACUAGAAGUAUGGUUGCGAUAUCUAAAGAGAAAAAUUCCAGCGUGGAAAUUUUUAUUGAAAGUGACAGCUCAGAUCCUAGCUGGUUUUAGCUCUUGGGAAUUAGGCCAUUUGUUUUAUAGACUGGAUUUUCACCGGUCCUUUGAUGAAAGAGUCAGUCAACAAGAGAAUUGUGAGUCUGACCUGAAUACUUCACCUCUCUCAGGCUUUCUACUGGAGACCGUAGUCGUCACUUACGAUUUUUGGUUGGACCAACAAACUUUAUCAAAAUAUGUGCCAAUAGAUCUUGCCUUGAAGAUCCUAAAUUGUGCUGUUCUUGUCUGCUUAGGCCUUAGUAAGACUGGGAUGUAUUUACACCCUGCAAUGGCGACAGGUCACACCUUUGGCUGUGGAUCCACAUCUGUUUGGUCCCAUAUAUUGGUUUACUGGAUAGGACCUUUCUUAGGGAUUCUUAUAGGACUGAAGCUUGCCAAAAGAUUUCGCCUGCCAUUCUACAAGAAACCGACUCUUCAGAAGACAGAGAGCGUUGUCCAGAAUGGAGACCAAAGUAACAGUUUGACUGAAAAACUUAUAGUGAAUGGUUUUUCUGAAAACAAUGAGGAAUUACGACAUAGAAACACUCAGAAAGCUUCCAAGACUAACGGGAAAUCAGGGAUGAAAAGUGAAAAAAAGAAAUGUAAGAAAGCAAAAACAACAUGCCAGUGUUGUCAUUGUGUGGUCAGUAAGGAAAAACACCUCAUGACGUGGAGGGAUGUCUGGGUAGUGGCACUGGGGUUCGAACCCCCCGUAACACAUUUCUCUGCGGCGGUCUCCGCAAUUAUUAUCUACCUUCUGGCCCUUCUUUUCUGUUAUGUCUCUUAUCAACUAGCUAGGGCACUGAUGCCCCGGAUCGUACAGGAAUAUGUCCUCGACUUCUUCAAAACUUUAGCCUUCUGUACGUACUGUUUUGGACACGGAGUUAUAAGGAAUGCACAUGGCCAUCUUGGAUAUGUUCUAUGUGUCGUGCCAUUAAACACAGCUAGUGUGCUCAUAUUUAACAUAGGAGAUGGAACACCUCUUACCGUUUGGUCUAAGUAUCUUCGAGGACAGAUUCCAAAAUGGAAAUUCUUCGCCAAAGUGUCUGCCCAGAUUCUUGCAGGUUUUUUUGCCUGGGAGCUUGGACAUUAUAUUUUAAGUUUAGAUUUUCAUUCGUCUUUCUCGGAGAAAAUAACUCAAAAAUCAAACUGUAACUCAGAUCUCAGAAUUGCGGCUAUAGCUGGAUUUGCUCUAGAGGGAAUUGGAGUUGCUUAUGACUUCUGGAUGAACCAACAAACGCUCUCUAAAUACAAACCAUUAGACAUAGCCCUGAAGUUCACCAACACAGCACUGAUUGUAUGUAUCGGUGUGAAGAUGACCGGGAUGUAUAUUCACCCAGCUUUAGCCACAGGUCGAACACUCGGCUGCGGAACCACCCCAAUCUUGUCUCAUCUCCUUGUUUACUGGGGUGGGCCAUUUGUAGGAAUAUACUUAGGACUUAAGGCUAGCCAGUUUAUCAGUCUUCCUUUCAUCGAAACACCAAAAAUUGAAGAAAGUGCAAAAGAUGUCCAGAAUGAUGCCAAGUUUUCGGAACCUAGAGACAAAAAAGUGCAUGCGGGAAAAGUACGACAAAGAAACAAACAAACUCAUAAAAAAUCAUAGGAUUGUCCAAAAGUCUUACAGAAGUAAAUAUUAACAUUCUAACAA